AUGAAUUAACAGUUGUAGGUUAAAUCCUCAAACGAUAAUUUAUCAUCAGGCGGAGAAGGGAAUGCAAGGCCAUCAAAUGCUUUGACUUCAUUUAAAGACACUUCAAGUCUCUUCACUAUUAGCAAUGAUUCAAAUAUCUAUUCAGGGCAAAAUGAUGGGCCUGAUAACGGUGGUUUUCAAGGUACGAAUCAGCUUAGAAGUAAGCGCAUUAAACGAGAUUAAAAACAGAAAAGCUCGAAAACUGAGAGAUUUUCAGAUAAUCACCCAGGGUAAACUAAUGAGGAAAAGAAGAACAGCCCAAAUGAUGCUAUGAUAGAAGUAAGAGCUGUAGCUAAUUAGAAGGAUAAACCCUUUUCUGCGAGAUCGAAUAACUUAGAGGUAUGGCUCGCUAAAAAGAAAGCCUUUGAUCAGUAAAGCAAAUAGUCACAAUCAAAUAAGGAAAUUAAUCCAAGCGAGCUUAAAGAACUACACCAAUUGUAAAAUAAUGGAAAUGAAUCUGAGAGGGAUCUAUCUUAUCUUUCAAAACUACAGUCCUCUCUAUUCUUUGAGCCUGGCGCAUAAUUCAAAGACAAAAGUGAAUUAAUCGAGUAGGAGAAACUUCGCACAAUGUAAAAAAGUGAUUCACAGUUUAAUCUUAAGACAAUAUAGCAAUAGCAACUUUAACUCCAGCAAUAGAAACAGGGCACUAAACUAGAAACACUUAAUGAAUAAGAAUCUUCAAAUAGAUUUCAUAGAUCCCAGCAAAGCAAGCAGAUGGUCCAAUAGGUUUAUGCUUCAAACGCAGGAUCAGAGUCAUUGUUGAUAUUCAAUCCCAAAGAGGAAGCCAUUCUAGAUUCAUACCCAAAUAUGCUCUCUAUUUCAUAGAACAAAAUGCUAAAAGAAGUUAUAGAUCAUGUGUAAAAGGAAAAUUAAUACUUAAAGGACUAAUUAUUAGAUUAAUAAGAGUUGGUUAAAAUGCACAAGCAGAUGCUUGUUGACAUCAUAUCUUCUUAAAACACAAAAAUUGACGAAUUUAUUGUCUAAGGAAAGAGUCUCAAUCAGAAGCUUAACGAUCAGAGAUAGUAUCUAAUGAUGAAUAACAAUAUUUUCGAUAAUUCUCAGGUAUCAUUUAUGACAGCAGAUUUAGAUAUUCAUGAUAUGGAUAUUUUUAAGAAUGAUUCAAGCAGAAGGUACACUAAUAACAUCCUCGGUGAGUUUAAUAUUGUUAACCCUCCAAGUUCAUAGCUUAAAAUGAGAGAAGACGAAAUAGAAAAUUCUCACCACUCCCUACAUAAUCACCCAAAUAAUGUAUCUAAAAAAUCUAGCCUCAAAGAGUAGAAUCUCAAUAAUAGUGACUAUUGCUUAGCAUGUAAACAUCUAAUAGAAUCUGAAAGACAAGAGUUUAAGACUAAGCAAGAUGAACUUCUAGGUGUAAUAGAUUAAUUGAAACAAGACUUUGCAAUAAUGAUGCAACAAAAAGAAUAGCUUAUGAAAUCUCAGAUAUCUUAGGGCAUGUCCUCAAAUAACCUAUUUGAUUAGGAUGGUGGAUUAAAUUCCGCAAGAAGUUAAUUAAAUAAUAACGAUAUAAUGAAGAGUCCUAAGCCUCUCCUUAGUCAUAGCAGGCAGGAAAGUGGCAGUGAAAAAUUUGAUGGAGUAGAGCAGGCUCUCUAGCCAUUACUUGAAAAAAUAACAGAUCCCUCAGAGGAGAUUUACUUCUAAGAUUCUAAUGGUAGAGUAUUUAAGAUAAUGAUGUGCGAGGCUAAUAAUGAUGAAAUAGACAUUAAUCAAAUUGAAUAAUAUGAAAACUAUUAAGCUUAGUAUACUGAAGAGGAGGAAACUAGCCCAAUGAAUUUAGAAUAAUAGAAAAACUCUUAAUCUCAUGUUGAAGCACCAUUAUAAAAGAUUAAUAACAAUCAAUAUAACUCUGCCAGAUAAAGUUCAGUUGGAAUUGGAAGUGGUUCUCUACAUACAGCAGCUACAAGUAAUUUAGCUAAUUCUGGAAUGCUAUAAAUGUCAAACUAAAAGGGAAGCAUUAUGAAUUCGACAGGAAACAACAAUACUGCUCCAGUAAGAGAUGAUAUUAAUCCAGUUUAAACUGAGGAAUACUAUUAUGAUGAGGAGGAAGAUGAAAAUGAGAUUGCUUUAGGAGGACUCACUGAUUAAAUCAGUCCUAGCAGAAAUAGAAGGCAGUAUGAUUUCAGAGACUUUGAUUAGGAUGAUCAUAAAAACUCAGACUUUCAUGGAAUAUAUUAGACGAAUCCUAAAACUGGAAAUAGAAAUAGUAGCAAUAAUCAUUUAUAGAUACCGUACAGAAAGAGUGAUGAAGACUUCAACCUAUUAAGUGAAGGAGAGGUUGAAAAUGAUUUGCUAAAUCAUCUAUGA